GUUGUUGUGUUGUCGGAUUGUUAACGCACUGAACUGGACUAGAAGGCUGGCUGGUUCUUACGGCGCACACUACACGCACGCUCUUCUCACCUCUUCUCUUCUUUGGUAUACCAUCCUUUUGUUGUUUUUGAGAAGCACUUGCUGCCUUGACUGGUCUUGCAAGAGCGUUCGUCGAGAGAGAAGUACCUGCUAGACGGGUACGACGACACAGUAAUGUUGCAAGAGAAGAGGAAACCAUGGCUGGCCAUUGGAUGCUGUGCAUCUGCGAGGAGAGACUCUAUUGAGGAGGAAGACGGUAGAGACGCGUCGAGGGCUGUUGAAGAAUCGGGUCCGGAGAUAUGUUACGACCAACCACAGACAAGAGAGGUCCCCCGCGCCGAGCCCGUCUCACCGCCACCACGCCCAGCCACAAGUCACUCUAUGGGCAAGCAUGUAUCGCAAUGGGUGGCCACGAGUCGUGACUUCGCGUCACGUGCGUCCUCACGAGCAAGCGUGCACACGCUCACACGGCCAAGGAAGUCGCACUCAAAGGUCAGACGGCUCAGUAUAAGUGGCCCGACGGACUUCCGGCACGACAGUGGCUUCGAUGGCGCAGAAGGCAUUCAGAGUAUGAUUGACGAUGCACCGAUGCCAGUGCGGCGGCGUCGAAGUUUCAGGCCUCUGGAACUGUCGAUAUACCUCGCUGAUGGGAGACUAUCGCCGUUGCCAGAUUUCGAACACGAUGAGUGGGGCGAGAUGCCGCAGUUGCCUGCACAAGCGUUGGUUCGUAAUAUGGAUUCGCGGACGAACUCGAUCUCGUCGGAUCCUUCUACAUCAUCGUAUCUGGUGCAAAGGAAGCCUGUAGGUUCUGGGUCACGCCGGUCGAGUGUGCAGAGCUCGCACUCGGUGCAAUCAAGGCCACUGUCUGCAAGCUUGACGGCGCUACCGUUGCUGAAGGACGAGCCCAAGACUCGAGCAGAAUCGAUACGCAGUACAACGACAAGUCGGACAGGGUCAAUACGUAGUAGAACACCCAGUGAUCUCUACCGACGAGGCACACUAUCACCGCCGCGUAUCCUCUCACGUCUGCCCUCGCCUUCACGAGCUCGAUCGAACACUGCCCCUUCACGACCCGGAAGCGUUCGCAGGGCGAAGACCGAUGUCGAUGAAGCCAUCAGAGAGCUGAACACUAUUGUCGAAGAGCGCCGUGCAGAGGCAUAUCGCUCACGCAACCAGUCUCCUGCUUUGAUCAACCGACUUCCGUUGUCACCUUCGUCGCAUGUUCCGGCUAUCGCACCCUCACUGCGCAUGCACGUCCGCUCUGAGACAUUAUCAGACAUCGGGUCUGCCUUCUCAGCGCCACUGGUAGCGAAACCACUACCGCCGCCGCCUAUUCCACCGACCAAUUUCGCACGACAACCGACGAGGCUGACACUUGCUCCGCCAGCACGCACAUUCAGCGGACCCCUCGAUUCAAACCCAAUCACACCACCCACACCAACAACCCCCAUCCACCGCCUCGGCGCCUGGCUCAAGCGAUCCCUCCCAAGCACACCAUCCCUUAAGUCACCCACAUCAACCUUGGCCUCCAAGCCCGCAACGCCAAAGUCCACAGCAGCACGCUCCUUCUACCAGUGCGAGCCUGAACCCCCGCUGCCCCUCUCAUCUCGUCCUUCAACUGCAGGAUCGCGCACAAUGGUGCACACGCGCCAGACCAGCGCCGACACCGCAACCGUCACGCUGCUCUCGUCGUCGUACCCGAGCACGCCGUCGCUAUCUUCUUCUCCGCGACACUCACCACACUCCUCCAUGCACUCGCUCCGCUCCAUAAAGACGGUGUCCUCCUCCCCGCCCCGCGCGAGCCUGCCCCUGCGCCAAUCCUUGAAGGACGCACCACCCCCACCGGCACGCGUAAGCCUCCUCAAAGGCGCAGGCAAGGCACGCCGGGUGCCGGCGCCACUCACGUUGGCAAAGGAGAAAGAGAUUCUAGUUGAAGCGAGUCUGGGGUCUGCAAGAAGCGUCGCGAGUGCGCGGAGCAGCAUGAGUAGUCGCCGGAGCUUGAAGCCGCCGCCGAGUCCACAUUAUGGGAUUCUGAGGGGCAUGGAGAUUGGGGCGAGGCAGGAGGGGGUAAGCCAGCAUUUGGGGAUGUUGCCGGGGAGUGCGGCAGUGGGUGUGGCUUUUUAAAUUAUAUUCCUUUGGGGAAGGACGGUUAUAGAAUCGGGGGUGGGGCUGGGACGGGUUUUACAGGACAACGGUAUCGGAUGCUAUUGUAUGGUAUGGGACAGGCAGGGCAGAGAGAUCGGAAAGGAAGGAUGGAUAGGGUUCUCUUCUCGAGCGCAGCGGCAUAUACCCUCCGCUCGAUGUCCUCCCGGACAGCGGACGCCGCUGCGCUUUCUUGUUGUUCGCUUCCUUUGUGGAAUUACCUUGUAGAUAGCUCGCAUCCCUGUUAAUGGAAUUAGAGAGGAG